AUGGAUUCUGUUAGAGCAUUUUUAAAAAAGAAAAAAAUGGGAAAAUACGAUCCUGAAGAACAGGUAAGAAUGAAACAAAAAGAGGAAGAAAGGAAACAGAUGGAGAAGGAAGCGUUGGAAAAUAUAAAAGUCGGCAGCAGAUGUGAAGUUAAGCUGCCAAAUAAUAAUGCCACGAAGGGGCACAGUGAAAUUUGUAUGACAGAGUUUCAACCUAACUUAUGGAUUGGUGUUGAAUAUGAUGAACCAUAUGGAAAAAAUAAUGGAACUGUAGAUGGAAUAAAAUAUUUUGAAUGUGCUAAUAAAUAUGGCAGUUUUCUGAGACCUUUCAGUGUUAAAUGUGGAGAUUUUCCUCCGCUUGAUGAUGGUUUGGACGAUGAUGAUGAAGAAAUGUAA